UGAAUAAAACGAAAAUACAUGCCAACAUCUUCAUCAUUAUGAUGACGAUAACGAUGUAUUGGCACGUGACUCUGCGGUCCUUCAGGUGUGACGUCACUCCCCCCCUCCCGUAUGUUUGUCUUCUCCCUCAAUCCAACAUGGAGUAAGGAAGAGAUGGGGCUCGUCCGGGGCCAGCCAAGCCGACGACAGCGAGCAUUUUCCGGUCAACGCGCUCCAGGCGGGCUCGCCGCGGACGAACGACCAAAAAAAAGAGGAGUUCGGCGGAUUUAGGUAUGAAUGAAGAAAAGGUAGGACAAACGCUCGAGCCACCGGAAGACGCCAGGAGAUGCGCGUGCGCCAAAAUGGAGACACCGCAGGAAAACAUCAGCGCAGCACGUGAAGCGACAAAAUAACAUGAACGAAGAAGAAGAGCAGCACAGGCCUCACGAUGACAGCUACAUGGUGCGCGUGAAAGCUGUGGUGAUGACCCGCGACGACUCCAGUGGCGGCUGGCUAGCGCAAGAUGGCGGCCUGAGCCGAGUGGGCGUGUGCCGACUGACGCCCGCCGGGCUGUUGGGUCGCAGCAGCUUCCUCAUCCACGCGGAACGACUGCGAGACAGACAGGUGAUUCUUGAAUGUUUCCUGAAGAAGGACCUGGUCUACACCAAGGCCACACCCACUUUCCACCACUGGAGGGUGGACAACAGGAAGUGCGGCUUGACCUUCCAGAGUCCGGCCGACGCGCGCGCCUUCGACCGCGGCGUGCGGAAGGCCCUGGAGGAUCUGACGGAAGGAUCGACCACGUCUUCGUCCACACUGCAGAACGAGACCGAGCUUGGCGAUGACGACGUGUUCACGACGGCCACAGACAGCUCGUCCAAUUCGUCCCAAAGGAGGGAGCCCGUCACGUUGUCCUUCUGCGAGCACCGCCGUCAUCACCAUUGCAUUCUGGGACAUCUGUAUGAACAGCAACGGACCGCCGAUCACUACUUUGCUGACUGCUACUUCUUGGAGCAUGCGGUGGAUGUGUUCCCUCGCCAUGUGAGCUUCCAGUUGGAGGAAGAAGUGGUGCGAAUCACUCCGCGGGAACGCGCCUGGCUCACCGGCUAUGAGGACUACCGUCAUGCCGCCGCUACGAGGGACAAGCUGUCAAUGUCCGACAUUCCUGAAGCCUACCCGCACGAGGCGCCUAAGCUCAACUACGGCUACCCUUACCCCAUAGCUAAGCCCAUCUGCCUGGACCCGGGGGCGGCGGUGACGGCUCAGCCUCAGCUAAAGCGCGGCCGGAAAGACAGCGAGCGUCUUCGCUGCGUUUACUGUCAGGAUCUGUUCUGCCGCGAGGACAACGGGCGGGGGCGCUGCCAGGAGGCGCCGGACCCGAUCCAAACGUGCAUACGGCGCGUUAGCUUUCUGUGGUGCGCCGACAGCCUGUUGUACCACUGCAUGGCAGACCCGGAAGGUGACUACUCGGACCCGUGCUCGUGUGAGGCGGGCGACGAGCGUUUCUGUUUACGUUGGAGCGCUCUGCUAGCGCUGUCGCUGUUGGCGCCGUGCAUGUGUUGCUAUGCGCCGCUCACCGCCCUCCACCGGUGUGGCGUCGCCUGCCGAUGUUGCGGCGGUAGACACCAGGCGGCUGGCUGAAGCGCCGUAUCCGCCUUCUGUGGCUGUGUCCUUGUUUGGGGUUUUGUCUCUCUGUGUUUGUCAUCUGUGUCGCGUUAUUACACUGUUUAAAAACAAAAAAAAAUGUAGUAAAAUAUUGGCAGCUGUGUUUGUCAGAAUAUUACUGUUGAGAAAAUACACGUAACAGCGGUAAAGUCCUUGAGUAACCGUACAUUUUACGGUAGAUUUUUGUUAACUUUUCAACUGAAAAUCAUGGUAGAAUUUUUUUAAAAAUUAUUUUAUACUGUGACCCACAUGUCUUAAUGUUGGUGAUGAAGUCACUGCGCUCUUUUUCUCAUUCUCCCUUUCCAACCCACUCUGUCAUCUUAGCAGUCGACCGUGCUAACUACCGAGCUACUAAAGUCCGUUUGGAAAAAGUGCUGUGAGUGUAGCUGUAGUGAGAACUGAUUUUUGGCAGCCAUUUUAAUUUUCGUCUUAGUCGAAAGGCUGUUAAUGCUUCUGCGUAGCGGUGACGGCAGACCUACUGUGGGGCAAAUAAGUAUUUAGUCAACCACCAAUUGUGCAAGUUUUCCUACUUGAAAAGAUUAGAGAGGCCUGUAAUUGUCAACGUGGGUAAACCUCAACGAUGAGAGACAAAAAAACCAGAAAAUCACAUUAUUUGAUUUUUAAAUAAUUUAUUUGCAAAUGGUGGAAAAUAAGUGGUCAAUACCAAAAGUUCAUCUCAAUACUUUGGCCUCCGUUAUUGCCAACAAAGGGUACUUGACAAACGUUUUCUGUAACUCUUCGCUCUUCCCUUUGUGUAAAGAAAUCAACUGUGGGAGCAAUUAUUAGAAAAUGGAAGACAUACAAGACCACUGAUAAUCAUCCCCCACGAUCUGUUGCUCCAUGCAAGAUCUCACCCCGUGGCGUCAAAAUGAUAACAAGAACGGUGAGCAAAAAUCCCAGAACCACACGAGGGGACCUAGUGAAUGACCUACAGAGAGCUGGGACCACAGUAACAAAGGCUACUAUCAGUAACACAAUGCGCCACCAGGGACUCAAAUCCUGCACUGCCAGACAUGUCCCCCUGCUGAAGCCAGUACACGUCCAGGCCCAUCUGCGGUUCGCUAGAGAGCAUUUGGACGAUCCAGAAGAGGACUGGGAGAAUGUGUUAUGGUCAGAUGAAACAAAAAUAGAAAGUUUUGGGAGAAAGACAGGUUCUCCUGUUUAGAGGAGAAAGAAUACUGAAUUGCAUCCGAAGAACACCAUACACACUGUGAAGCAUGGGGGUGGAAACAUCAUGCUUUGGGGUUGUUUUUCUGCAAAGGGACCAGGACGACUGAUCUGUGUAAAGGAAAGAAUGAAUGGGGCCAUGUAUCGAGAGAUUGUGACUGAAAAUCUCCUUCCAUCAGCAAGGGCAUUGAAGAUGAGACGUGGCCUGGGUCUUUCAGCAUGACAAUGAUCCCAAACACACAGCCAGGGCAACAAAGGAGUGGCUUCGUAAGAAACAUUUCAAGGUCCUGGAGUGGCCUAGCCAGUCCCCAGAUCUCAACCCCAUAGAAAAUCUGUGGAGGGAGUUGAAAGUCCGUGUUGCCCAACGACAGCCCCAAAACAUCACUGCUCUAGAGGAGAUCUGCCUGGAGGAUUUGGCCAAAAUACGAGCAACAGUGUGUGAAAGCUUGUGAAGAGUUGCAGAAAACGUUUGGCCUCCGUUAUUGCCAACAAAGGGUACAUAACAAAGUAUUGAGAUGAACUUUUGGUAUUGACCAAAUACUUAUUUUCCACCAUGAUUUGCAAAUAAAUUCUUUAAAAAUCAAACAAUGUGAUUUUCAGUUUUUUUCCCACAUUGUUUCAUUGUUGAGGUUUACCCAUGUUGACAAUUACAGGCCUCUCUAAUAUUUUCAAGUGGGAGAACUUGCACAAUUAGUGGUUGACUAAAUACUAAUUUGCCUCACUGUAUGCCGUCAUCGCAGACCUGAUUUACGACCCUAUGCCGUAGCCUGACGUGCACCUCCACAAAAUCCUGACUACGCGUCACGUCAACGCGUGUGACGUGAACAUCGAAGGACUGUGAUUGGUCGGAUCAGAACGUUGUUCCCGGUUCAGGACAACAACAACACCGUUUUCAAAUAUUCGCAAACAUGUCGCCUACGUUUCAACAUUUGUUGUUCAAUAUUGAUUAGCUGCAGCUAAAAAUACUACACUAAAUACACCUUCCAUCUCCGUUGUAAAUUGUUGUCUAAACGGAAGCAAACUAAAGGAAUUCGACAAUAGUCCCCCUAAACCGUACAAACACAACGCAACACCCCUCUGGUGGCUUGGUGAUGAAUUACAGAGCAACCCGUUCCCUUGACGCAGAACUUCGAAUGCUCAUUGGCAACAUAGGGUCUAUGCCCUCACUACACCGUCACCGCAACGCAGAAGCAUAAAUUAGACGAAAAUGAAAAGAGCUGCCAAAAACAACACUGCUCACGGAGUACGGUUUUCCAAAACUAUACUGUAACUGUAUGUAAAAAGUUUUCCAAGAGUUUAAGAACCGAAUAACUGCGCUAAAUGCUAAUGCUAACGCUACAAGUUAGUUUAAUGCAGUGGUGUCCAAACUAUUCCACAUAGGGCCGCAGUGGGUGCUGGAUUUCAUUCCUACAAAACAAGAUGACAUCUUUUCACCAAUCUGGUGUCUCACAAGUGUAAUCAGUUGAUUGCAGUCAGGUGCUGCUUGUUUUAGCACAAACUUCAUUGGUUAAACUGUCUGUGCUCGAUUGGUAGGAACAAAAACCAGGACCCACAGCGGCCCUUGACGACAGGUUUGGACACCCAUGGUUUAGAGCAGGGGUGGGCAAACUAUUCCACAAAGGGCCGCAGUGGGUGCGGGUUUCCGUUCCAACCCAUUAAGAGGAAACGUUUUCGCCAAUCCAGUGUCUUGCAAGCUCAAUCAGUUGAUCACAGUCAGGUGCUUCUUGUUACAGCAGAAACCUCAUUGGUUAAACUGUUUGUGCUGGAUCAGUUGGAACAAAGACCAGGACCCACUACUGCCCUUGAGGACUGGUUUGCCCACCCCUGGUUUAAUGUGUGAUGAUCACUCAACACAGACCUUUAAAGGCUAAAGCAACAUGGCAUAGGCAAGAUAAGAUAACUUACCAAGCAGCACCUGACAUUUCACAAAAGGAGCCUGGAAUGGGCACAUGCUGAAGAAGCCUGUGUGUGGGGCGGGGGGUCGGAGGGAGACGCAGCACUUCACAUGAGUGCCAUGACCAAACACUGAAAAAUUCGUGAAACUACACAUACGAUAGGAAACAUUGUGAACUUAUGAUGGAAACUAUGGCGAAUUUCGUCUCGUUAGACGACACCGGGCAUCUAGCUCGUUAUGUUUUAGUCUCCCAAGACACGUUUUAAGCUCAUCAUCGUCAUGAAAAAAAUGGUUGACGAAAACAACACUGCUCGGUGAGAAUUUACAAGAGCAUACUGGCAGCGGAAACUGGACUGAGCUGUUGGUUCGGUAGUCAUCCUGCUAAACUGCCAAAUCCCGUUAGGAGAAGGGGGAGAAUGACAAAGAAACGGUUUACAUGGGCUUGCAGUAGAAUGAGUUGAAAAAUUUUCUUUUCAUGGUAAAUUUGAGAGUAAAUUUUUUAAAGGUUUUUAAAAAAAAUAAUAAUGGUAUAAUUCUGCCAACCACAGCUGCCAGUAUUUUACUUUUAUUUUAUUUUUACAGUGUACACUCAACGCAACAAGAAGCUGUGCGUUGGUAAAUACGAUCUGCCGUGCCAACUCUGCUGUGAGGUAGCAAGUUCUGAAUUGCAGAGCCUGCUCCCUUUUUUUGAUUCACGAACCAAUCCUUCGUCUGCGCGCCCAACCUCACAUCUUGCUUGAACAGCUUCGAUUUUUGUUUUUGUGGUUUCCAAUUUAUGCCAGUGGUUCCCAACCUUCGAUACAUGCAUGUACAGUGAGGAGCAGUAUUUGCACCCCUUGUGAUUUUGCAAGUUCACCCACUUUGAAAAUAGGGAGAGGUCUGAAAUUUCAAUCAUAGAUGCCUUUACACUCAUAGAGACAUAAUCUUAAAAAAAAUUCCAGAAAUUAUAUUGAAUGUUUUUUUAGAAGUAAUUUGUUUGUAAUAUACUGGGUUCAUAAGUAUUUCUACCCAUGUGAAUCAGCAAUAAUUAUGACACUCAAUGAGUUGUCAGUCUACCUUAAAAGAAGUCCAGUUUUACCCCUUGAGUAACCACCCUUUGAGCUCAAUAUUGUCACCUAUGCACCCUUGUCAGUCAUAAUCCAACUGCUACCAUGGGGAAGACCAGAGAAAUUUCGAAAUUGAAGGAAUCUGACCUUCUAGCCAGACCGCCGGACCUGUGCUGGCGCAGCUCCAACGACGCGGACCGGCGAGAAUUCGACAGUCCGUCCAGAAGGCCAAACUCUGCGCGUUCACCUUAGUCUUAACCCUUUGUACUGACUCCAUUUUGAAAGGUUUAAAGAAGGCUCACCGAAAACAAGUUGACAGUUUAUUCAGGUUGAUAGCUAUUAAAACAGCAAGGCGAAACAGAAACACUCAGGCGGGGAGGCAAGGUCACCAUGUCAUACGUCAACAAAAGGUUCCCGAGAAAAAUGACAACGCUUAGUUAAACAUUCAUUCUUUUGAAGGCUGCGCUGGGGUGGGCCAGGCAAAGGGUGUUGUUUUAGGAUCAUUCUUCUGUUGCUGGUUCGGGCGGUCAAGUUCGUGCGUCACCUUUCGUUGCUGGGUCGUGGUUGCUAAGGCAGCUGAGGUGGGAGGUUGGGCCUGCCUUGACGUCUGACAGGCGCUGCGCUAUCAAACAUGGUUCUUCUUGUUCUCGGGUGUUGCUUUGGUAGGCCGGGGUGUCUUGGCCCCACCGAAGAGAUGACGAAGGCGUCUUUUCCUUUGCUUAUCAGGCGAGGGCUGAUAUGGAAUGUACUGAUGACUCAGCACUGGCCUCCUGCUUUGUGAGGAGUGCGUCUGUGUAUUAUAACUUAAUAUUCUUAUAAUAUCAAACUAUGGUUAAAAGUAUUUUUUAUUAUAUUGAGUGUGUUAGAAUAAUGCAAACAGACGGUGCCUACGAGAAAAGUUACUAUCUCCUUCAAAAGAUACCAGAGAACAAAUUGUGCUCCACAAAGCUGGAAAAGGCUAUGGGACAAUUGGAAAGCAACUUGGAGAGAAUAAAUCAACAUUUGCAGCAAUUGUUCGAAAAUGGAAAAGGCUAAAAAUGGCUGAUAAUCUACCUCGGACUGGGGCUCCAUGUAAAAUUUCUCCUCGUGGGGCAUCACUCAUGAUGAGAAAAGUGAGGAAUCCGCCUAGAACUACUCGGCAGGAGCUGGUCGAUGACCGGAAGAGAGCUGUUUCAAAGGCUACUCCCAGUAGAACACUACGGCGCAAUGUUUUAAAAUCAUGCAUUGCUUAGGUUCCCCUGUUGAAACCAUCAUUUGAAUAAUGCAGAGGGGCCAUGGAAGAAAGUCAUGUGGUUGGAUGAGACCAAAGUAUAACGUUUUGGUGCAAACUUUACUCGUCAUGUGUGGAGGAAAAAUAAGGAUGAGUACAAUCCCAAGAACACCAUCCUCACUGUGAAGUAUGGGGCGGAAACCUCAUGCUUUGGGGCUGCUUUUCGGCAAAGGGGAUAGGAUGACUGCACUGUAUAAAACAGAGGAUGAAUGGUGAAAUGUAUCGUCAGAGAUUGAGCCACAAUCUCCUUCCCUAAGUCAGAGACCUGAAGAUGAGUCGUGGCUGGAUUUUCCAACAUCAUAAUGAUCCGAAGUACACACCCAAGCUGACCGAAGAGUGGCUGCGUAAAAAGCAUAUCAAGGUUCUGGAGUGGCCAAGCCAGUCUCCAGACCUCAAUCCAAUAGAAAAUCUUUGGAUUGAGCUGAAUCAUCGUGUUUCUCAACGACAGCCUCGAAACCUGACAGAUCUAGAGAAGAAUUUGUGUGGAGAAAUGGACCAAAACCCCUGUUUCCAUAUGUGAAAAGAAUUGGAACGUGAAGAAGAACUACAGAAAGCGUCUGACCUCUGUAAUUGUAAACAAAGGCUUCUGCACUAAAUAUUAGCACAGAUUUUCUCAGGGGUACAAAUACUUAUGAACCCCAGUAAAUUACAAAUUAGGCCUGCAGCUACCGAUUAUUUUAGUAGUCGAUUAAUCGGUGUACUAGUUAGUUUGAAUAAUCGAGUAAUCGGAUAAGGAACAUUAAAAAAUUAAAAUACCUGACCUGAGCCUCAAACGGUAUAAAAAAUAAAUAAAUAAAUGAGGAUAUAUGUACGACAAAAGAACAAUUGGCUAACUUACAUAUCAAAAGUCCGCAAGUUUAAAUGCUAUAAAAUGCCAAUGCUUUUUUUUUUUUUUUUUUUUUACAAUGCUCUUAACAAAUAGUUAAAACACAUAUUCCCACAAUAAAUGGCUAAAUAUACCUUUAAAUUACAAAUGCAUUAAAAAAAAACAUUAGCUCAAACAAAAACUUAUGUUGGUCUUAACAGGGAGCAGCUGGAUUCAGCCAUGUGAAAUGAGGCAGGCUAGAAGGCAGUGUACCCACCCAAAUCAAUGAAACUAAAGGCAAACACUUUAAAAAAAAAAAAACAUUACAAUGGCACUUUAUUUUAACUAAUACUCGAGGCAGGAAAAUUUAAUUCGAAUAUUUUUUUUCUAAUCGAAUACUCGAGUUAAUCGAUUAGUCGUUGCAGCACUAUUACAAAUUAUUGAAAAAUCAUACAAUAUGACUUACAGAUAUUUUUUCAGAUUAUGUCUCUAUAAGUGGAAAUGCAUCACUGAUUGACAUUUCAGACCUCUACCUAUUUUCAAAGUGGGUGAACUUGCAAAGUCACAAGGGGUGCAAAUACUUCUGCUCCUCACUGUAUAUCUUUUGGAUGCCUACAUGUACAAAAAAUACCUUGAUGCAUACAGUAGAUAAGUUUAAAAUUUUAAACUGCUUGACAAAUAAAAAUGUGAAUGAAUUAGGGUAUCAUAAUGCCGAAACGUGCACACAUACAGUGGUAUGAAAAAGUAUCUGAACCUUUUGGAAUUUCCCACAUUUCUGCAUAAGAUCACCAUCAAAUGUGAUCUGAUCUUUUUCAACAUCACACAGAUGUAAAAACAGUGUCUGCUUUAACUAAAACUACCAAAACAUUUAUAUCUUUUCAUAUUUUAAUGGGGAUAGCACGCAAACAAUGACAAAAGGGGGAAAAAAUAAGUAAGGAAACCCUCUGCCUUAGGACACUUAAAGAGCAAUUGAAACCAAUUUUUACCAAACAAUUUAAGUCAGAUGUGUGCCCAAUGACUGAUGAGUGAUUUAAAGCUGCCCUGCCCACUAUAAAACACACACCUGGUAAGAAAUGUCUUGAUGAGAAGCAUUGUCCGAUGUGCAUCAUGGCUAGGUCAAAAGAGUUGCCUGAAGACCUCCGAUCAAGUAUUGUUGAUUUGUAUAAAGCUGGGAAAGGAUACAAAACCAUCUGUAAAAGUCUGGAUUUUCAUCAAACAACAGUCAGAGAAGUUGUCUACAAAUGGAGAGAGUUUGGCACUGUUGCUUCUCUCCCGAGGAGUGGCCCUCCACCAAAGAUGAUGCCAAGAGUUCCGCGCAGAAUACUCAGAGAGGUGAAAAAGAACCUUAGAGGGUCUGCUAAAGCCUUAAAGAAAUCACUGGCAUAGCCCAUUAUCUAUUUAUAAUGGAAUAGAAAGGCACUUGGACACUCCGCAGAAGUUUUGGCAAAAUAUUUUGUGGACUGAUGAAACCAAAGUUGAAUUGUUUGGGAGUAGCACACAACAUCAUGUGUGGAGGAAAUAUGGAACAGCUCACCAACAUUAACACCUCAUCCCCACCUUGAAGCAUGGUGGAGGGAGCAUCAUGAUUUGGGGCUGUUUUGCUUCCUCAGGGCCUGGACAACUUGCAAUAAUUAAUGGAAGAAUGAAUUCAAAAGUUAAUCAGGAUGUUUUGCAGGAAAACCUGAGGCCGUCUGUCAGACAGUUGAAGCUUAGAAGAGGAUGGAUGCUGCAACAAGACAAUGAUCCAAAACAGAAGUAAAUCAACUUCAGAAUGGUUUCAGAAGAACAAAAUACACGUUCUGGAGUGGCCAAGUCAAAGUCUAGACUUGAACCCCAUUGAGAUGCUGUUGCAUGACCUUAAGACAGCGAUUCAUGCCAGACAUCCCAGGAAUCUGACUAAACUACAACAGUUUUGUAGAGAAGAAUGGGCCAAGAUUAGUCCUGAUCGAUGUGCCAGACUGAUCUGCAGCUACAGGAAGCGUCUGGUUGAAGUUAUUGCUGCCAAAGGGGGGCACAAAAUAUUAAAUGUGAUGGUUCACUUACUUAUUUUUCCCCCUUCUGUCAUUGUUUGCAUACUAUCCUCAUUAAACUAUGAAAACUUAUAAAGGUUUGGGUGGUUUUAGUUAAAGCAGACACUGUUUUUUCAUCUGUGUGAUUCUGACAAAGAUCAGAUCACAUUUGAUGGUGAUUUUACGCAGAAAUGUGAGAAAUUCCAAAAGGUUCAGAUACUUUUUCAUACCACUGUACACCCUAAGUGGUGUUCAAGCACUCCCUUUGUUAGUACUCGUAUUGACUACAUUGGUUGUGUCAUUGAGAAGAAAUCCAGUAUAUUUGUGAAAUGUAUGAUAGUUUUUAUUAAUUGUGUAAUUUUGGUAACAACUUAAGUGCUCCUUUUUUCUUUAAAGGGGCACUAAAGUGAUAAUAUUUUUAAAAAAAUGUUAAAGCUUUGAUGCCCUUUUACCAGGUUUGCAAAACUAUUUGAGUUAAAUGGCCCAGAAGGUUAUUUUGUUGACCCUUUUUUUGGUUCACACCUGACUAAGUGUGUAACAAACAGUGAGACUGCCAGCCAGGAAAGGUUUGGGGCCGCUGACUUCGGCCAAAAGGAAAAACGGCAAUUUAAUAUUUUCAAUUUUUUCAAUCACGUUGCGCAAAUUGCUCAAUUCAUGUCUAGUGUGAAUGCAACAUUCAUCAUUUCUAUUAAUAUGCCUCAAAUGAAGCCGAAGGGCAUGAAGGCAUUAGCCUAGCUCUACGCGACAAGCAGCCAACUCCAGUCGCCAUGGCGACAACUUAAUAUGAUUCACAUGCCCUCCAUCUAAUGGCUAGCCUACUUUUGCCACCCUCUAUUGGUUGUUAGUGAAAUACAGUCCACAGUAUUUCAUCUUUUUAAUGUUGCUGCUUUGUACAGAAGUGUAUCGCUGCCACUCCAGAAAAAAUGCCUAACGUGAAACUUACCGUGUGAUAACGUCAGAUAAUAUAAUUGAACGUUUUUGUCUUUUGUGGCAGGAAUACGCACCCAUACACUGAGGAAAGUUUAUAUUUUUAUACAAAUUGACAUCAAAUUAAGCCAAAAUAAGUGUGAGGAAGAAGCGGGACAUUAGCAUAGCUUAGCUACAAGUACAGCAACCAACGAUUAUGUCUCACCAUGGUAACCGCAUCCUUAAAAAAAUAUCAUGGACAUGUUUGUCAUCUUAAUCAUCAUAAACACUGAUCUAGAACUGGAAAGCAAAGAAAAUUUGAGGGUUAAAACAUCAAAAGAGAAUUCCGUGAAAGCACCUGUCAAUCAAACUCUCGGACAAGAAGUUUGUUCCUGAAUAAGAGAAGAUGUCCACUUAACUGUGGAAGAAAGUGCCUGAUGAUCAUCACAUUAUUUUCAUGUAUGUACUUGACACACAUACAUGUUAUGGACUUUUGAUACAUGACAUUUGAUCUACUAUCCAUGCCAUAAGAUGUACUGUACAUAUGUAUGAAUUUCAGUUCUAUUUUUUUAUGGUGAUGUCAAAAAGAUACAUGUACUAAUAACAAACACAUCCUACGUGUGAAUGUGUAUGUCUUGUGUUAAUGUGUGGGUGUGGGCGUAUGUGUAUGGUGUGAACAAAUGUGUCCAGAACGUGUGUGUGUCUUAAAGGGACAGACAACAUCUCGUGUGAAUGGCCUUCACAUGAAACACUGUUGCUCAAGGCAUAAUGCAUACAGUGGGGCAAAAAAGUAUUUAGUCAACCACUAAUUGUGCAAGUUCUCCCACUUGAAAAUAUUAGAGGCUUGUAAUUGUCAACAUGGGUAAACCUCAACCAUAAGACAAUGUGGAGAAAAAAUAAAACUGAAAAUCACAUUGCUUUAUUUUUAAAGAAUUUAUUUGCAAAUCAUGGUGGAAAAUAAGUAUUUGGUCAAUACCAAAAGUUCAUCUCAAUACUUUGUUAUGUACCCUUUGUUGGCAAUAACUGAGGCCAAACGUUUUCUGUAACUCUUCACUUUUCACUGUUGCUGGUAUUUUGGCCAAUUCUUCCAUGCAGAUCUCCUCUAGAGCAGUGAUGUUUUGGGGCUGUCGUUGGGCAACAUGGACUUUCAACUCCCUCCGCAGAUUUUCUAUGGGGUUUAGAUCUGGAGACUGGCUAAGCCACUCCAGGACCUUGAAAUGCUUCUUACGAAGCCACUCCUUGUUUGCCCUGGCUAUGUGUUUGGGAUCAUUGUCAUGCUGAAAGACCCAGCCACGUCUCAUCUUCAAUGCCCUUGCUGAUGGAAGGAGAUUUUCACUCAGAAUCUCACGAUACAUGGCCCCAUUCAUUCUUUCCUUUCCACAGAUCAGUCGUCCUGGUCCCUUUGCAGAAAAACAGCCCCAAAGUAUGAUGUUUCCACCCCCAUGCUUCACAGUGUGUAUGGUGUUCUUCGGAUGCAAUUCAGUAUUCUUUCUCCUCCAAACACGAGAACCUGUGUUUCUACCAAAAAGUUCUACUUUGGUUUCAUCUGACCAUAACACAUUCUCCCAGUCCUCUUCUGGAUCAUCCAAAUGCUCUCUAGCGAACCGCAGACGGGCCUGGACGUGUACUGGCUUCAGCAGGGGGACACGUCUGGCAGUGCAGGAUUUGAGUCACUGGCGGCGAAUUGUGUUACUGAUAGUAGCCUUUGUUACUGUGGUCCCAGCCCUCUGUAAGCCAAUCACUAGGUCCCCCCGUGUGGUUCUAGGAUUUUUGCUCACUGUUCUUGUUAUCAUUUUGACGCCACGGGGUGAGAUCUUGAGUGGAGCCCCAGAUCGAGGGAGAUUAUCAGUGGUCUUGUAUGUCUUCCAUUUUCUUAUAAUUGCUCUCACAGUUGAUUUCUUUACACGUAGCGUUUUACCUAUUGCAGAUUCAGUCUUCCCAGCCUGGUGCAGGUCUACAAUUUUGUCUCUGGUGUCCUUCGACAGCUCUUUGGUCUUGGCCAUAGUGGAGUUUGGAGCGUGACUGACUGAGUUGUGGACAGGUGUUUUCAUACCAAUAAUGAGUUAAAUCAGGUGCCAUUAAUGCAGGUAAUGAGUGGAGCCUCGUUAGACCUCGUUAGAAGAAGUUAGAUCUCUUUGACAGCCAGAAAUCUUGCUUGUUUGUAGGUGACCAAAUACCUAUUUUCCACUCUAAUUUGGAAAUAAAUUCUUUAAAAAUCAUGCAAUGUGAUUUUCUGUUUUUUUUUCUUCCACAUUCUGUCUCUCAUGGUUGAGGUUUACCCAUGUUGACAAUUACAGGCCUCUCUAAUCUUUUCAAGUAGGAGAACUUGCACAAUUGGUGGUUGACUAAAUAUUUAUUUGCCCCACUGUAUAUGGUAUGCAGACUGUGAAUUUCUUGGAAAAUGUUAAAACACAAAAAAUGACAUCCCGUACAAGCGCAGCCAUUUUAUGAUGUCUGUUAUACCCAUGCACACAUAUACUCAAGCAGGGGUGCCUGUGAUGAAGUUUUAAAAGGAACCUCGUACUUAAAGACUGGUAGGCUCUAAUAAGCCACAAUUGUUCCCUUUUACUAAAAUGUAAUUAGAAACAAAACAUUGCCAUUGAUAUAAAAAUCUAUAAUGUUUAGCACAUGUUUUGACCUACAGAGGGCGCCAUGUUUUAUGCGCGCAAUGAACGCUCGGGUGAUAACUUAGUUUGUCACUGUCACUAGACUAGUGGUUCUUAACCUUGCUAAAGGUUUCACUUGUGCAUUCACCGAACCCUUCCGAAUUUAACAAUGAUUUUUUGGGGGGGGGGGUCAAAUUCAAAACCGAUAUAGCUAACCUAGCUAGGUAGCUACAAAUUUCAAAUUUACGACGAAUAAAUUUGGUAUUUUGCAGUUAAUUUUCACAUUGGAAAAUGAAAUCUCAUGUCUACAUUCUUUUAUUUAUUUCACAUUUAACGUGUCCUGUUCAGCUGCUAAGACAUGGAAAAUAGGAAUCUGAGUGUCUUUAUGGUCUGAACAGCUUUAAUGUAUCACAUGGGAGUUUCAUAUACUUCCGUUGUGGUUCAUCAUGUCUACAUUCUUAUUUCAUGGUCACAUCUUUGCAUCAUACAGUAUUUUUUAUUAUGUGCGCAGUGCACGCUGCCUGUAGGUCUGUUAUACUUCCUCAUACAAAGUGUGAGUCAACCUUCUACCGAGCAAACCAGUUUCUCCUCCCAUUAGAUAUAGAGCUAGGACUUAAAUGGAAUAAAGUCUUUAAAUUGGAGGCAACCUAGUCUAAAACGACACUUGGCCUUUAGUCAGAGUAUGAAAAUAGGGCCCUGUGUGUCUGAACCUUCACCGAACCCCCUAGAUUUACUCCUUACUCACCGAACCCCUGGGGUUCAAUGGAACCCAGGUUAAGAACCACUGCACUAGGCGAACACUACUGGUGUUGUGCAAUUCCUUCUACGCGGCGAGACGUCCAACACAUGUGCACAUUGGUUAAAAGCGGCGAGUACUUAGUAUUUGUGUUUUUAUUGAGUCUUUUAUUACCUUUUCAGUGCCUCAAAAUACAUUUUGCAUGUCUUUUCCUCUCAUACUUUUAAGCAUUGUGUAUUCUUGUGGUAGCUUUAAAGCACAUUAUUGAUCUGUUGACCACAUUCAUGUAUUUAAACUACCUUUAUUUGAUAUUACUACGUUUAAGUAUUUUCUUAAGACAUCUUUAGUAUUAUCUGUCAGUAUGCAUCUAAACAAAACAAGCUGAAAGUGCACGGUAGUACUUUGGGUGUCAAAUUCACCUCUAUUAGAUGUUUCGCUGGUGUAGCACAUUUUGGCAGAACACCGGUUUAUUCCUACUCUUGUCUCGUCUCAGCCCGUCUUUCCUGUUCAUUUUGCUUUUGCUGCUCGUUUUGUGAAAAAUCGACAGUGCUGUCAUGCUUAUUAAUGUUCCUCUCGGGUUCAAAUUGAAAGGGCUGAACAGAUGACAGGUUUGUGUCGCUAGAGUCAUACUUUGGGAAGCUAGGUAGCGUAACCCAGUGACGUCACCGCCCUGCGACGUCAACAAUAAUGGCAACCUUCUAGUUAAACUAAUUUUACGAAUUGUAUAAAAACGAAAACAUCAAGAGAGGUUUUAAUAUCAAAUUAUUUAAACUCAUAAUAGCGUUUAUCUUUUAAGAACUACAAGUCUUUCUAUCCGUGAUUCCUUUUAAUGAUGUCAUAAGGAAGGGUGGGCAAUCUAGGAUACUCACAUUAAGAAUAGAAUAGAAAGCCUCUUCUUGUCAUUGUAAGGCUCAUAUAAGAACACAGGUUAUGGUGUACAUAGAUUGGGAAUGAAGUGAAUAAGUGACUCGUAGCAAAUAGUGAUAUAGUGGUUAUAUAACAGCGCAACAAUAUGUAUAUGAAAAUAUAUAGAACUAUUUUGUUGGUUAAAGUGGUACUAGCACUGAUAAAAAGUCUGGGAGGCCACGUUCUGGAAAUACUCAUUUUAUUGACAUUUUUUUGCACUAUUAAAGGGAUCCACGGAAAGAAAGACUUGUUGUUCUUAAAAGAUAAACGUUUUUAUGAGUUAAAAUAAUUUGAUAUUGAAACCCCUCUUAAUAUUUUCGUUUUUAUGCAAUUUGUAAAAUUAUUUUAAAUAGUAUGUCGUUUAACUAGUAUGUCGCCAUUGUUGCUGACGUCGGAGGGCAGUGACGUCAAAUGGUUACGCUGCCGGGCUUCCAGAGUAUGACUCUAGCGACAUAAACAUGUCAUCUGUUCAACCCGUUCAAUAAG